UUCAUAAAAAUUAAACCAAAACCAAAAACCCCAUCGCAGAAUUUCUCCAUUUACGCCUCUCAGCACCUUCUCUCUCUCCCUCGCAGUGUCCAGCGCAGCACAGAACAACAACAGCAACAACAAUGGAAUUUGUUCAGACGCUGGGAUCCGCGUCUUCUUCUUCCUCUUCUUGAUAACUGCGACUUGUUUUCACCAUUUUCUUGUUUUUACCACCAAAAAGUCUCGUUGGCAUUGGGUUUGUGAUUUCUGAAUCAAGCUAAACAUAGUUGGGAGAUUAAAUUCUGGGGUGAAAUUUCUGGAGAAAAAAGUUUGGAUUUUCUAAUUGAUUUGAAGGGGACCGAAGUAUGUUGUCGAAAGGUCAGCAUCAGACGGUCCCAUUGUCUGUGUUGUUGAAGCGUGAAUUAGCCUCUGAGAAGGUUGAAAAGCCGGAGAUUUUUCAUGGCCAAGCCAGCCAGAGCAAGAAAGGAGAAGACUUUACUCUUCUCAAGACUGAAUGCCAGAGGAUUCUGGGAGAUGGGGUCACCACCUAUUCGGUUUUCGGGUUGUUUGAUGGGCAUAAUGGGUCUGCAGCUGCUAUAUACUCCAAAGAACAACUCUUGAAUAACAUUUUGAGUGCAAUUCCACCAGACCUCAACAGAGAUGAAUGGGUUUCUGCUUUGCCAAGGGCUUUAGUUGCUGGGUUUGUGAAAACAGAUAAAGAUUUCCAAGAAAGAGUGCAAACUUCUGGCACGACAGUCACAUUUGUUAUAAUUGAGGGAUGGGUUGUAACAGUUGCCUCAGUUGGUGAUUCUCGAUGUGUUCUUGAAUCUGCCGAAGGGGAAAUAUAUUAUCUAUCAGCAGAUCACCGACUUGAAUGCAAUGUAGAGGAGAGGAAACGCAUUACAGCAAGUGGUGGAGAGGUUGGCCGGCUUAACACUGGUGGUGGAACGGAGAUUGGUCCUUUGAGGUGUUGGCCUGGUGGGUUAUGCCUCUCAAGAUCCAUCGGAGAUAUGGAUGUUGGCGAGUACAUAGUUCCCGUCCCUUAUGUAAAGCAAGUAAAGCUUUCCUCAGCUGGUGGCAGGCUUAUUAUAGCGAGUGAUGGUGUCUGGGAUGCAGUAACUGCAGAAACAGCUUUUGAAUGUUGCCGUGGAAUGCAACCAGAUGCUGCAGCUUCACAAAUUGUUAAAGAAGCCAUACAACCAAAAGGUCUCCGAGACGACACAACAUGCAUUGUGAUUGAUAUACAACCCCCAGAGAAGCCAAACCCUCCCCGGCCACAGCACAAAAAGACGGGAAAAGGAGUAUUUAAGGCUAUGUUUCGCAAAAAGAUUUCUGAAUCUUCUUCCAAUGCAGAGAAAGAUUAUUGCGAAUCAGAUGGGGUCGAGGAACUAUUUGAGGAAGGAUCAGCGUCACUUGCAGAAAGGUUGGAUACAAGGUACCCAAUUUGUAAUAUGUUUAAGCUGUUCGUGUGUGCUGUGUGUCAAGUGGAGAUAAAACCUGGAGAAGGUAUUUCGGUACAUGCUGGAUCAGCAGAUUCAAGAAAGCCACGGCCAUGGGAUGGCCCUUUUCUUUGCUCGAGCUGCCAAGAGAAGAGAGAAGCCAUGGAAGGGAAACGACUUUAUGGAGAUGGCAGAUACAGUAGUGGAAGCGACUAGUUAUCCUCGCAUACAAACUAUUCACACGAUCAGUCACUAACAAUUGAUUCAUGGCUUAUUGUUAUUGGGGAAGGUCUACUUCACGCACUGACCAAAUUCCCUACCCUCUUCAGUGAAGGAACGAGUGUCGAUGCUUCUUGUGACAUACCUGAGAUACAAGCAUCACUACAUUUGUUUAUGUCUCCUUUAGGUAAAAAGAAGCAGUGUUUGCGUAGUACAUAGCUGGGCUACAUUCUAACAAUUGUUUCUCUCGUGGAGUUCUUCCUAUUCUCCAUUUGAAGCCUCAUGGUCGUGGAGAAUACUGCAUAGCAAGAAACACGAGAGGUAAUUACAUCACAACCAGCAGCAUCAAUAGUAUUCGUGUAGGGUUAAUAGUGAGUGAGUGAGAGAAACAUAUUUCAGUGUAACAUUGUUAUCUAGGAAGCUGUUUUAGGAUUUUUCAAUUAUUUUUUUUCCCACUCAUCCGACGGGGAGAAACUAGCCGAUCAUCGCGAUUAUUGUAUUCGUUCUUGUAGCAUUGAUUUGUUCCUUCAUUCCCAGGCUUGAAAAAGAACAGAACAAGAAAAGAUUGAAUCCACAACUGAGAGUUCCUUUCUGCCAAAGGCAGACAGACAAUGGUCUCUGUAUCUCUAUGAAACACCUACCAGUCUGAUUGAUUGAUUGCUGUCUUGUAAAUACUUCCAUCUUUGUGUGAA